AUGCUUAGAUCUAACACCAACACUACUGGAGGUCCCAGUGCCAGCGCUCCUGCAGCUGCGACCCCGACGGCUUCAGACACACUUCUGACGGUUCACUCCGUCGACCUCCUGAAAUCCAAGGAUGGGCCGAACCGACGCGAGCAUCGCACAGACACUUACUUCAGCGACAAGCUGAUCGUCCGCAGAGGACAGACCUUCCAGAUGUGGGUCGAGUUCUCCAGACCCUUCAACCCCAAAUCUGACAAUCUGCAGCUGCAGCUGAAGUUAGAGCCCAUCUUCAGCAGUAGCACUGGGAUUCACAUCUCUGUCCCGUUAGUGGACGUCCUGGAAGACAGCCGCUGGGAGAUGAAGAUCGUGGAGCAGAAAGACAAACGUGUGCGGCUGGCGGUCAACACUCUUCCCACCGCCUCCAUCGGCCGCUACAAGGUGACCAUCGAGUCUUUCUCACCGAAGGGCAAGCUGCUGUUCCCCUGCACCCCCAACGACGUCUACCUGCUCUUCAACCCCUGGUGUGAAGAUGAUGCCGUGUAUCUGGAUAAUGAAGCAGAAAGGAAAGAGUAUAUCCUGAACAGCAUGGGCAGAAUUUACUACGGAACUGAGAAGCAAAUUGGAACCAGAACAUGGAAUUUUGCCCAGUUUGAACAGGAUAUCCUGGAAGCAUGUCUGUUCAUUUUGGAGAGAGGUCAGGUCGCUAUGACCGAAUGGAGAGAUCCAGUGAUUGUGUCCAGAAUGGUAUCUGCUCUGGUGAACUCCAACGAUGACUACGGUGUUCUGGUGGGUACCUGGAAGGACAGCUAUGAGGGUGGAACGUCUCCCACCGCCUGGAGCGGCAGCGGCGACAUCCUGAGACAGUAUUACAAAAGCUCAGGGAAACCUGUCAAAUUCGCCCAGUGCUGGGUCUAUGCGGGAGUCACCAAUUCCGUGUUGAGAUGUCUUGGUAUUCCCACCCGCUGUGUGAGCAACUUCAGCUCGGCUCACGACACGGACCUUUCCUUGACCACAGACAUUUAUAUUGAUGAGAAGCUGGAAGUUAUCAAAGACAAGACCAGCGAUUCUGUCUGGAACUUCCACGUGUGGAACGAGUCCUGGAUGACCCGUCCGGACCUCCCAGCUGGUAACGGUGGGUGGCAGGUGGUGGACGCGACCCCUCAGGAGCCCAGCCAGGGUUCAGAGGAGGAGCGCAUUGCUGUGGAAAGGGCCAGUCGCUUCGGCUCCAAACCGACUUUGUAUCCGUCUCCCACCGGCAAUGACGUGAGCGUUGAGAUUGUCAUGGACGGGACAGGGCCUCGUAUCGGUGGAGAUGCCAAACUCUCCAUCGUCCUGAAGAACAAAAGCUCAAGUCAGCGCACGGCCAGUCUGCUGUAUGAGGUGAUGGUCAUGUACUACACCGGCGUGCUGAAAACCACUGUGAAGAAGGAUAAGAUUCCUCUCACCCUCAAACCGCAAGAGACCAAGACUAUUCCUUGGACUCUGCAGUAUAAGGAGUACAUGAGCCAUCUGGUGGACCAGGGCGCUCUUAUGCUCGCGGUCACUGGACGUGUCAACGAGACCCAACAGAUUCUGGCCACACAGUUCAACUUCAGGCUGCGCACACCGGACCUCAUCAUCACUUCUCAAGGGGACGCUGUGGUGGGUAAAGAGGUGACAGUCAAGAUCAUGUUCCAGAACCCGCUGUCACAAGUGUUGAGGAACGUUUUGUUCCGUAUAGAGGGAUUGGGAAUGCAGAGCGUCAGGAAGAUCGCGUAUGGUGAUGUGGAUAAGCUUGCGACGGUUACACUGACAGAGAAGUUUGUUCCCACUGUCGCCGGCUCUCAGAAGCUCCUGGCAUCGAUGGACUGCCGCCUGCUCACUCAAGUGCACGGAGUCGCUGAUAUUGUGGUCAGACCAAAGUAAAAA